AAGAUCUUCAACGGUUGGCAUUAUCUCUCGAUUAUCAUGAUGUUAACUGGUGGGAGUAUGACUGCUCUCGCUAUGGCCAAGCCUGCUCAAGCUCAGCAUCAUGAAUAUAACAUGACCUUGGGCAUUAUCAUUACAGUGUUCGGUGUUGCUGGUUCUAGUACGGUACAAGCUGUGCUCACAGAGUGGGUUUACAAACAGAAGAUUCUCGUCAAAUCGAGAAAUGACCACCUGCUGGAAGCUGGAGUGUACAGCAUGGUGUUCUGCUGCCUAUGGCAGAUUUUGUUCACCACGCUCUUCUCUGGAGGAGAGUACCGCAUGUGGUGGACCACGCUAUUGCCGCAUCUGAACUCGUUAAAUAUCACUCUGUUGGUGAUCUUGUGUGCUUCCCGUGCUAUCGCCUUGGUUGCGAAGAUUGGGGUCACUGCUCACUCCGAUGCUAUGUUCAAUCGAACCUUGUCGACGGUCAGGCGCGCCACUCAGAUUACUAUAAUGGCCAUGUUGUUCCACGAGCCAAUGUCAGUUAUUGCUAUCGGUGGCAUAAUCUUGACGCUAGCCGCCUGCUUGUUGUACGGUCUGGCUAAGAGCCCUACUGUGAAGCCCUCUUCUAAGAACAACAAUCUCGUCGCAGAAGAGGCUCUUCGUGAGAAACUGUUGGAAACUAGUGUGAAGGAUCUGGAAGCUGGAAUAUGUGCAAGUGCUCGCAAGGCCCCCGUCCGUGUGGUGGAGUAGGACGACGUGUUGUAUUUUGUGAACUAUUCGGUGUUAGCAGUCGUACUGCCUCUAAAGUGAAGUGCAGCAUAGUGUUCCUCUGUCACACAGUAGUCGUUUUAGAGUGUACUGUCCUUUGAGUGGAUGUUGAUGAUAUCACAUCACACUCCUCAUAAUAAACUCAACUUAUUCGCCAGGUU